AUGGAAUUUGAUAAAAUCUCAUGAAAUAGAUCAAGCAAGAAGACCCCGUACAUAGAUUUCAAUGCAACAGAAGGAAUGAAGCCAUUAGAGCAAUCGAAUAGUGAUCAAAACUGAGACCCUGAGAGUAUUACAGAAGAAGAAAUUGCUCUAAUAGAUGAACACGUUCUUAAAAAUAUUCACCGCAACAAAUCUAAGUUAAUCUCUGGCACUGAAGACCAUUUAGAAAAGCUGAUUAAAAACCGGAACUCAGAGAUCUUUAAAGAAAGUAAUAAUAAAGUCCAAAAAGAAAUCAAACAAAAAAUGGAAAAUUUGCAGAGACAAAUAGAGACCAAGCAUAAGAGACAUCAAGAGGACAAUAUGAAUAAACAAAAAGCUGCUCUAGACUUGAUAAGAAAGAAAACAGAGAUUAGCAAAAUCAAGGCACUUCAAAAGUUCUCCUCAAACAUAAGAUACAGCGAUAAUGAUCCCGAGCUUGGCCAAUAUUAUUCAGAAUCGUACCAAAAUUGAGGCCUUAAUUUUCCUGAAAUCUCCAGAGAAUCUAAUACCAAUGAAGAUGAUGAUAUCUAUGAGGAAGAAUUUGAGGCUAUUACAGAGGAAGCUAAAGAUCACAAUACUAGUCAGACUGGUAAAGAGCAAAGCCAUGAAGAAAAUUCGCAUUCAUCAAACUUGGGUACAAAUGAACAAAAUUCAAAUGAGAAAACCGACAUAAAAGUAAUCCCUCAGAAGAUUAUUGAGGAAGAAAAAGCUCCACCAGCCAGAAAAGAGAGCUGGAAGAAGCAGACUAUCACUGAAACUAUUGUCGAGAAGAGACAAAAUAAGAUUGUAGAAGAGGUUAGAAAAGAGUCCAAUCUCCCAAAAUUGCCUCCUGUGAGUCCAAAUGUUCAUCACCAAACAAAAGCAAGACUGAUACAAACAGCAGAUGAUAUCAGAAUGCCUAAGAUUGAGAAUAGAGCUAACUUAGAUAACUCUCAAAAUGUGUCCGCAAGAAAUAUUUUUACCCCAAAGGGUAAUAACUUCGCUGUAAAAAGACCUUACGAGGAUAUUUUCAAGAUCAAAAAUCCGGCAAGCAUGUAUAGAACGAUGAAUGGUGUGAUUUCUCCCAAUAGAAAUAAGAUUAACCUGAACAAGAAUAAUACGUUAAAGAAAAAGUACUCUCUCAAUUCAAAUGAGAAUAAGAGUUUGCAUACUACUCUUGAAGUGACAGGAGACAACAUGUUUUCCACUUUUAGAAGAGAUACAUAUCAAGACCAUCAAAUUCUUGAGAAAAUUGUAGAAGACGAUACCUCAGAAGACGCAAUCAUCGAGUGAUCUAAUGAACAGGAUGACUGGAAAGAAUCAGCUCAUCUAAAGGCAAUUAAGAAGAAUAAUGCUCCUAAUAAGAACUUUAAGAAUCACAGGAGAUACAAGUUCAGUGCAAAAAUCCAGCCACAAAAAUAAGAUCAGAAAUGAAGUGAAGACUCCUGUUCAUAAAACAAGGACAGCUAUUCAUCUUAGUUUCGGAACAAAUCCUGGCAAGACUCAUCAUGCUGAAGAGCAGGCAAACUCAUAUCUUUCUCCAAAUAAGACAACAAGUCUGAAGACUGCAAGAGGUCUUAAGGAAAGAAGGUUCCCAAAGCAGAAAAUCAAUAAAUUCAGCCAUUUAUUUGACAAGGGGAACUACAACACAAUGAGGAUGAAUAAGUCUAGAUAUUCAAUGGAGAACACGAGCUCUGUUAGGCCACCUACUUAUAAAGUUAGCCCAAGAGACUCUAGGGUGAAAUCAAGAGAUUCAAGAGGCGCUUUUAAAUAUCCCAGAACUCCUGCUAAUUUUUCUGUUAAGAAAAUAUCCGUUACUAGAGAAAGCAGUGUUGAAGAAGUGAAACAAUAUGAUAUCAAAGCUAAUAAAGGAAAGAUAAUAAGAAAAAUGGUCAGGCCAGGCAUCAGAAAGAAUUCAAAAAUCCGAGAUACACGAAAGUUGACCACCUCAGCAUCCUUGAAGGUGACUGGUGUAGGAGGAGACACUAAUAAAUCAAAAGAGAUCCUUCAAUCAGCUCGCAAGGUAGAAAAGUUUCCUCAUAAAAAGAUAAUAAAGACGAUUAUAACCAAAAUCUGAUUUCCAAGAGGUAAGAAAUGCAAAACAGAGAGAAAAUUAGUAUUAGAUCAAAUCAACAAUGAAGAGUGGACUUACUUCGCUGUCCUGUUCGGCAAAAAGAAACUUUUGAAUAGUAAUAAUUUUAGAGGCGUCUAUAAGCAUGCGUGCGGUACUCAUCUACUUAAGAUAUACGGAGACUCCUUUCUUCCAAAUAAAAUAUCCUGAAGAAUGAUAGAGAGUUUCUUCAAAUAUGAUCGUGUGCUAAAUAAAUUAAUGCCUAUUCCAACUCAGAGUAGGAUUAGUGAGCAGUUCCAUGCUUUCAUAUUGAAUCCUAAAAAACAGACUACGCUUGACAAGGCAGACGAUAUGAUUCAAAAUAUUAAUAAAUUAGUAGAAUAA